CUGCGCGCGCGCUCCUGAGCCGCCCCACUGCGCGCGCGCGCGAGGCCACCGGGGUCUGGGGCCCAGGCCCACGGGGCCCCACGCGCUGCCCGGCCCGACGCGGCUCGGGUGCGGCAGGGAAGGGGCGGCCGGGCGGACUCGGUCCCGCGCCCUCCGCGCCCGUCGCCCCUCCUCCCCGGCUCCUCUCGGCGAAACCCGAGCGCGCGUCCGACGCGGGGCCGCGUGACGCGCACCUGUCGGGGCGGGCGGCGCUUGCGGAAGAGGAUGCGCGGGGCCCCGGCCUGGCCCGAGCCCGGCCCGCCGAGCCCCGCGCCCAGCGCCGCCGCCGCCCACGUUUCCCGGAGAAGUGGCCGGCAGUGACGGGCGAGAUGAAGCGGCCUGGCUGCUGGAAGACGCCGGCAGUGGCAGUGUGCCUGGUCCUUCUGGCCGGCCUGCAGGCCCAGGAUCUCCAGGGACAUGUCUCCAUAAUCCUGCUGGGAGCGACCGGAGACCUGGCCAGGAAAUACUUAUGGCAGGGACUGUUCCAGCUGUACCUGGAUGAGGUGGGGAAGGGCUACAGAUUCAGCUUCCACGGGGCUGCUCUGACGCCCACCAAGCAGGGCCAGGAGUUUGUCGCCAAGGUCCUGGAGUCCCUCUCCUGUCCUGAGGACGUGGCGCCCGAGCGCUGUGCCGAACUCAGGGGCCGGUUCCAGCAGCUGAGCCAGUACCGCCGCCUGAGGACGAGUGAGGACUAUAUGGCCCUGAGCAAGGACAUCGAGGCACAGCUCCAACACAAAGGCCUCCGGGAGGCUGGCAGGAUUUUCUACUUCUCGGUGCCGCCCUUCGCCUACGCGGACAUUGCCCGCGGCAUGAACAGCAGCUGCCGUCCAGGCCCCGGCGCCUGGCUGCGGGUUGUCCUGGAGAAGCCCUUUGGCCACGACCGCCUCUCAGCCCAGCAGCUGGCCACGGAACUUAGGAGCUUUUUCCAAGAGGAGGAGACGUACCGGGUGGACCAUUACCUGGGCAAGCAGGCCGUGGCUCAGAUCCUGCCUUUCCGAGACCAGAACCGCAAGGCCUUGGACGGCCUCUGGAACCGGCACCAUGUGGAGCGGGUGGAGAUCAUCAUGAAGGAGACGGUGGACGCAGAAGGCCGCACCGGCUUCUACGAGGAGUAUGGCGUCAUCCGCGAUGUGCUCCAGAACCACCUGACGGAGGUCCUCAGCCUCGUGGCCAUGGAGCUGCCCUACAAUGUCAGCAGCUCAGGGGCCGUGCUGCAGCACAAGCUCCAGGCCUUCCAGGCUCUACGGGGCCUGCACAAGGACAGCGCCGUCCUGGGCCAGUACCAGGCGUACAGCGGGCAGGUGCGCCGAGAGCAGCAGAAGCCAGACAGCUUCCACAGCCUGACACCGACCUUCGCAGGCAUCCUCGUUCACAUGGACAACCUUCGCUGGGAGGGCGUCCCUUUCAUCCUGAUGUCUGGCAAAGCCUUGGAUGAGAGAGUGGGCUACGUGCGGAUCUUGUUCCGGAACCAGGCUUACUGCGCCCAGACCGAGGCGCGCUGGGUGGCGGACCAGAGCCAGUGCCUGCCACGGCAGAUCGUCUUCUACAUCGGACACGGUGAGCUGGGCAGCCCCGCCGUGCUGGUCAGUCGGAACCUGUUCAGGCCCUCCCUGCCCUCCGAGAGCUGGAAGGAAGUGGAGGGCCGGCCUGGGCUCCGCCUUUUCGGUCGCCCCCUGUCGGAUUUCUAUGCCUACAGCCCCGUGAGGGAGCAGGACGCCUAUUCCGUCCUCAUAUCUCACAUCUUCCACGGCCGCAAGGACUCGUUCAUCACCACCGAGAACUUGCUGGCCUCCUGGGCCUUCUGGACCCCCUUGCUGGACAGCCUGGCCCACGAGGCGCCGCGCCUCUACCCAGGAGGAGCUGCGAACGGGCACCUGUUGGACUUCGAGUUUACCGGCACUCAGGUGCGCUUUUCCCAGCAGCAGCCGGAGCAGCUGGUGCCGGGGCCCGGCUCCGCUCCGAGUCCCAGCGACUUCCAGGUUCUCCAGUCCAAGUACCGGGACAGCCCGCUGAUCUCGGCCUGGCCCGAGGAGCUGAUCGCGAAGCUGGCCGAUGACAUCGAGGCCACGGCUCUGCGGGCGGUGCGGCGCUUUGGCGAGUUCCACCUGGCGCUGUCUGGCGGCUCCAGCCCCGUGCCCCUGUUCCAGCAGCUGGCCACCCGGCACUACGGCUUCCCCUGGGCCCACACGCACCUGUGGCUGGUGGAUGAGCGCUGCGUCCCGCUUCGAGACCCCGAGUCGAACUUCCAGGGGCUACAGGCGCACCUGCUGCAGCACGUCAGGGUCCCCUACUACAACAUCCACCCCAUGCCGGUUCACCUGCACCAGCGCCUCUGUGCCGAGGAGGACCAGGGCGCCCAGAUGUACGCCAGCGAGAUCUCGGCCCUGGUGACCAACAGCAGCUUCGACCUGGUGCUGCUGGGCAUGGGCACGGAUGGGCACACGGCCUCCCUGUUCCCGCAGUCACCCGCCGGCCUGGAGGGCCCACAGCCAGUGGUGCUGACCAGGAGCCCCUCCAAGCCGCACCAGCGCAUGAGCCUCAGCCUGCCACUCAUCAACCGUGCCCGCAAGGUGGCCAUCCUCGUCAUGGGCAGGAUGAAGCGGGAGAUCACCAUGCUGGUGAGCCGCGUGGGCCAUGAGCCUAAGAAGUGGCCCAUUUCGGGGGUCCUGCCUAGUUCUGGCCAGCUGGUUUGGUAUAUGGACUAUGAGGCUUUCCUGGGAUGACGGUGCCACUGGCCUUUGCUUACUCCCACGCUUGCUUUCCCCUGUCCUGUCCCCUUCCCCUUAGUCCUGCCACCUGCCCUGGCCCUCUGGAAUCUGAUGCCUCAGGGUUAAGUUCCCAGAGAGGAAAGGACCAGGCCUUAUCCCAAUCCCUUUGACAGUCUCUAUCCAAUUGUGGUGGGUAGACACAGACACAGGGAAGAAAUGGAGGCUCUGCUCUUGAGAAGCUUCCAGUCCCAAGUCAGGAGAGGAAUAGCCACCUUAAGAACAUACCAGCAGCAGUUACACGAUAACACCAGCCAGCACAAAAUAAGACGGUGUGGAAGCUCCCAACUUCAGCAGAAAUGCAACAGCUAAGGUUAAUCAGGGAAGGCUUCCUGGAGGAGGUGAUCCUUGAACUGGCUCCUGGGGAAAAGACGACUGGAUAGUAGUGAGAAGGACACAGGUGUCCAUCAGGUACAGUGCCCAUGCGAAGCAGGUGCUAGAAACCGUCUGGAGACCUCGAGUUGGCCGUUUCUUCUAUCCCUCUCUUUCUUCCCGAGCCUCUGACAUUUAGCCUACUGUCCUGGCCUCUCUGUGGCUGCUUCCUCCUGCUCUGUCUCUCUGGGUUCCCUUCCCCUCUGUCUCCCUGCUGUCCUGCAGACAGAUGAAGGGUGGUAGCAGUGACACAGCAGCAAACAGUGGGAAGUUUCUUGCACGUGUUGUUUGGAGCUCCCUUUGUCUGUAGGUGAACUUCUCUGUGUGGGGGAGGCCCCCUGCCCACUCUCCAUUCUCUGGCCAACCCCCUUCGUGAUAUGCAGUGGGCAUAGAUGACUCGGCCAUUCCAGGGGUCCCUCACUCCAGAGGGUCCUUUACACCUCAGGAGACUUCCUGUGGGCGUUUCCACUCUCAGUGUACUCUCUUGCUUUACCACGCAAGAUCCGGUUAAGUCUUUCUGUGAUGGGGACACGUCGUUUGUGGGAAGAGAUGUGAGGGAAAUCGUCCGGACCAUCCAGAGGCUCUGAUCUGACCAGACAGGGGCUGGGUCUCCGCCACAGGGCGGCUGCGGUUCCCAGGUGGCACUGGCUGCCCAAGGGCUUCUCAGGGACUUGACCAGUUUGCAGCCCCCCAGGGGGCAGGCAGCAGCCCCCCCUCUUCACACUACCUCUCAGGGGCACGGAGUCUGUCUGCCUGCUGUCUGCUGGCCCCUCCUGCUGCAUCUCCUGGC